ACCAUUGCCACAGAAAUCUCAACUCUCAACUUACUUUUUUUCUGUCUGCAUCUCCCUUCAUCGCGUAUCACAUCACAAAAUCAAAUAUGAAUCCAGUCAGAAACAUUGUCCGCUCGGGACAUAUGCUCUCAACUCGACCGGCUUUGCUGUCGCCGGUUCUCCCGGCUUUGACUAUUGCUGCUCGCCGAGGUUAUCACGAGAAAGAUAAGUAGACUUCUUUUGGGUGAUGUAUGCUGGACAAAAAGGCUGACAUACUCAAACUGUUAGAUCAUUAUACGAAUCCUAGGAAUGUGGGAUCUUUGGAUCGCAAGUCCGCAGAUGUUGGAUCCGGUCUAGUUGGAGCGCCUGCAUGCGGUGACGUCAUCCGUCUCGACAUCCAAGUCGACGAAAAGACCGGCAAAAUCGUCAAAUCAGCCUUCAAAACAUUCGGGUGCGGCAGCGCCAUCGCAUCAAGCUCAUAUCUCACCACACUCCUAGCCGGAAAGACCUUGGAAGAAGCAGGCAAAAUCCAAAACACCCAAAUCGCCAACGAACUCUGCCUCCCCCCGGUCAAACUUCACUGCUCCCUCUUGGCUGAAGAUGCCAUCAAAGCAGCUAUUAAGAAUUACCAAUCAAAGCGACCUGCAGCUGCAGCCACGAAUUUGGCGGAUACGAGCAAGGCAUUCAAAGAAACUGCCGCGACCGUGGAGGCUUAACCUUUUGACAAUCACAAAAGAAAACAAGGAAAAAAUGAGAAAAUGAAAUAAAUAUCGAUAUUAUACCUCCAUCCAAUCAUCUUAACGCAAACCCUGGAUGAAUGCUUUUUUACUUGAUGGUUAUGUAAAGCUUUGUCUGCCAGGCUGGGUUUGUUGUUUGUAUUCUCUUUCUAUAUCAGAAUGAGUAUUAUCAUUUUCUAUCGAGUCGAUAGCCUGGCCUGUUUUUAUCGUGCAUGUUGGUGUCGAUUCUCUUUAUUAUCAAUGGGAAAUAUGUUUGAUACCUCUCCAAUCCAAUGUCCUUAACCUUUUGAUAGUGUAUGUAUAUGUAUGUGGGACAAUUUGAGCUUUUAAUGCAAUGCGAUCGAGGUCUC